UCUUGUGAUUUUUGCAGCUUUCUACCUAAGAAUACGAGCUUCAAUGGCAAACGAAACGCUCUCACAGAACGUAUCGCCCCUUUACGGGGACUUCAUCACCAUCCUAAGCAUAGAUGGAGGAGGAGUGAGAGGCAUCAUUCCUGGAAUCAUUCUCAGCUUCCUCGAGUCCCAACUUCAAGCACUAGAUGGAGAGGAGGUAAGGCUUGUAGAUUACUUUGAUGUGAUAGCAGGGACCAGCACUGGUGGGCUUGUAACCACCAUGCUAACUGCACCUGAUGAAAACAAACGCCCCCUCUAUGCGGCUAAAGAUAUAGUCCCCUUCUACCUCGAGCAUUGCCCUAAGAUUUUUCCACAUCCAAGGGGUCCUUUUAGUUCGGCUUUAAAGGUGAUCAGUGCAGUUAUAGGCCCUAAAUACGAUGGCAAGUAUUUGAGGAGGCUUGCACGUGAGACGCUUAAAGACAAGAGGCUCCAUGACACCUUGACUAAUGUCGUCAUCCCAACUUUUGAUAUCAACAUACUUCAACCCACCAUCUUUUCCUCCUACCAGCUGAAGGACGGCAAUACUUCACAGGAUGCACUGCUCUCGGACAUUUGUAUAGGUACUUCUGCAGCACCAACCUUCCUGCCUGCUCAUUAUUUCGAGAAUAAAGGUUCUGGGGGAGAGGUCAGGUUCUUUGACCUCAUUGAUGGCGGGGUUGUUGCUAAUAAUCCUACACUUGUAGCGAUCAGUGAGGUGACAAAAGAGAUUUCUCGACGAAAUCCUGAAUUUUUUAAGACCAAACCAUUAGAUUACGCUCGAUUUCUUGUCAUCUCUCUUGGGACUGGUUCAGCGAAAACUCAGAACACGUAUAGUGCCAAAGCUGCCGCUGGUUGGGGUAUAAUUGGAUGGCUUUACAACAAGGGUAAUUCGCCAUUAGUGGAGAGUUUUACUCAAGGAAGUGCUGACAUGGUGGAUUUUCACAACUCUGUUGUAUUUCAAGCGCUUAAUUCGGAAGAUAAUUAUCUAAGAAUCCAGGAAGAUGAUUUAUCGAACGAAGCAGCUUCUGUUGACAUCUCAACAAAAGAAAACCUCCAAAACCUGGUGAACAUCGGCCAACAACUACUGAAAAAUCCUGUGUCAAGGGUUAACGUUGAGACAGGCCUAUUCGAACCUUUGAAAAAUCAAAGCACCAAUGAAGAAGCCUUGGUGAUAUUUGCUAAGUUAUUGUCUCAAGAAAGGAGACUACGGCAACAUAGGUCACCAGACACCCCCAUCAAAUAAUGUUGGAAAAUAAAUGCAAAAUCCUCCAUUCCUUGAUGGAGUUAGUAUUCUUUGUGGUUAGAACAAGACAAUGUGAAAUUUGAAUAUCUUUUGGUUGAUUAUUAUGAUAGGGCUUUCCUU